AAACAGGGCGAGACAAUGGGCCCAUAGUCAAAGUACAACGGCACAGAAGUCGAUCACGAACUGUAUGCCUGGACGCUGACGGUACGGUGAACCAAGUCAGAGUACAACAGAACACGCAGCACUUCGCUCAAGAUUCCAAUGGGAAAGUACCACAAGUCGAGGGAGCUCAGACAUCCAGUAACGGGAGAUCAUGUAGUAUGUCACUGCCUGGCACGGGGUUCCACACGCCCACGGAGAUGUUCGUGAAUCCUACGGCACCCCAUUCGCCAUGUGAUGAGCGGCGUGUUGGGACGUCUGGUGAAGGACGGUAUGUGCGUACCAACAACGAUGACAAGACACACAGUCAUGGCAUCACACACACUGACGGUGCGGGGGAGUCCCAGAACACUAUGGACAGGACAGUCACCGAUGGGGAACAGAGAACGAGUCGCUUCAGAACCUCGAGUGCACAGCAAGUGCCUACGCGCACACGUGCUUCAACCGAUGUGCAUGUGCAGGGACGUCCACACCACACCUCGUUUGAGCGAGCACCGAGUGGGGCUAUCAGCUACCGCAACGGCCGCCACGGCAGCGUAGGAGGGUACGACGUCGACGGUAUGUCCAUGGCUCUGGAUACGUUAACGGAUGCUAUGGACUGUCGGGACGAGGCGUUGUCGCUCGCUAUGGCCACCCCAGAAGUGAAGGAGGCACAGUUCCGUAUGCAGUCGUAUGUGAGCUAUGGGGGCCAGAUGAGUGCGCACAAGCGCUCGAUGGCACCGCCUGGGGCGAGUGUGAGAUCCAGUGCCAGGUUGGAUUUGCAUACACAUAUGAAUAUGAGUACGGGUGACGGAGGGACCGUGCCGCAGUUUAUUAUAGGCGGGGAUGCUGUGUCUGCGCAUACGAUCCAGCCACAAUCACACCCUUCAUUUGUGUUCGAGACGAUGCAACGAACAUCUUCUCACACGCGUACACAGACACCGACCGAGUCACGUGCCUAUACAAGCGCACCACACGACUUACAUACAUCGGCUCCCAACACGUCGGACACGAACACAUUCGCACGGCCCUACGCCUAUAACUACGAUGACAGGGCCAAUCCGCACACACCCAUUGAACCGGAAAGGUGUUCCACGAGCACACCUGCGCUGUUCUCCCUGGGGGACUCAGAUGAGGUGACAUUAUCGUACGGAUCUCAGAUCAUAGACUCCGGGGUGUUCCUGAACCGAUUCGAUGUGGGCGUGAACGGGACAGGUUACCAUGGCAACGCGGAGCUACCUUUGAAACAACCAGUGCGCCCGUUUGUGGCGAGUGUGCAAACUGCUCGCAAACCCACUGCCCCGAGGAUACCGAAUUGGAACGAAACGAGUGCCUCCGAGAUAGGGGGUGAAGUGGGAAUUGCAUACGAGUACGCGUAUGCACCCGCCAGUGCCACUGCAAGUAUACCUACCGAAGCACAGCCCCACACGGCCACUCAGGACCACACAAGGGCGUAUACUGCGAGUGGGUCAGACACAGUGUGGUUGGGGGGACAGAGUGAUAGCACAGCCACCAAGAUCGCUCGACUGGAGUCUAACGAUCGGGAGUGUAGCACGCCCGGACGUACACAGAGCAACGAAUUUGUACACGCACACAAACGCGCGCAUACGCGUGCAUACCCCAACUCUCAGGCGAGCUGCCCAAAUUUGGCGGGCAUGGACGGGACUCCUGGAUAUUUGUCCUCUGUGGAAGCACGACGGCGAAUGCGUGGGUCGGUUAGCAUACCGAAUACGGUCGCACCCAACACCCCCAAUGAACCGCAAUUCCUGCCAUCGCAGACGGUACCUCCUAUGUCACUGUAUGACCCCCCAAGGGCAGCCCCCGAGCCCAUGCCUGUCGUCGCCCGUAAACCUCACGAGGCAAGCCUACAGGGGAACACCACACAACCGACGCAGACGCACGCACGCACACAAUUGCGCAAGGACAUACACACGCAGAGGCAUAUCAGCAAGGCCCACACGCACACAGAGAUGCACUCGCACCGGCGGGCGCGUGAGCGUUCGAGUUACAGCAUCAGUGGCGAUACGACUGUUGUGCGUGCGCGCAGGAAACGUAGCGCAAGUGUGAGUGAGCGGGAGAGCCUGAUCAUGCAGGCGAGUACCCAGGCACGCGUCGACUCACAGACACGCACACACUCGCAGAUGCACACACACAACCACAACCACAACCACAACCACAACCACAACCACAACCACACCCCCCCCCCGGGCCAGUCACAAGGACACCCACAAGUCACGACGGAUGUAAGGCUUGGGUUGAACGGACCCGCACCUAUCGAGCCGGCUGGUCGAAGUGCAACACACUACCGGAGUCGGGGGGAGACACAGCUGGUCGAAAGGAGAAUAGGAACGCACGCACACGCACACGCACACGCACACUCCAGUGUUCACCUGAACCAGGCGACGACCACCACACCUGCCGGGUCGUUCGGUGCGUCGGUGCCAAUGUCUCUGCCGAAUGUGAGCACCAUGGAAGCGCUCGCGCAGGCGGGCAGCCUCCGAAGCACACGCAUGAGCGUAGAUAUGGGUGAGAUAAAGGGCGGGCUCAGGAGCAGUCGCCUCAGAGUGGACAUGGGUGGGAUAGAGUCACAGGGACGGAUAUGUGUGGCCAGGCUAGGCACCGCUCCAGGCAGGUACGAGCCGCGCACAACAAGCAACUCAGAUAUCAGCGAUGCGCUGGCUGCGGUGGACAAUACGGCGGUAGGCACCAGAAAGGCUGCGGCGGGUAUACAGUCUACCGCUGGGCGCCCGGCAGACACCACGACCAAGCCAGCGAAUGAGGAUGUGGGGAUGGUUAACGGACUCAGCGGUAGUGGUAUGGAGACGCACCUGUGGGUGCAACCCACUGCCAGUGACACCCUGGACGUCCAGGCCAAUCGCAGCAGUCCCCUGGCGUCGCUCUCGGCGGACCUGUUGGUAGGACAAGUGGCCCGCAUGUCUGUGAACAACACCAAUGCGGCCGACGACGAGGCAGAGGAUGCGGACGGCUGUGGCGGGACCAGUACGAGCGCCAGUCCUGUUUUACGGGGCAGGUGCAAGGCCGAGGGCGGCCACGCCAUGCCGGGGUACGGGUCAGUGGAUUCGGAUGUGCACACACGCGCAACCAAUACGCACGGGGCGAACGAGUUGAGACGGAAUGUGAGCGCAGAUUCGAACCCAGUCGGGGAGAUGUGUGCGGAGGCUUUUGCUAUAGCUCAGUCGUAUCUGUCCGACAGGCAAAUAGCCGUCCCCGAGAGGUCUGAUAAUGGGCCUAUGCAGACACACAGGCCGUCAGACGGUCCAAGCACCUUGUUCGGCUUAGCAAGCAGCCUACACGCGCCACCACCCAACACUCAGCGGCAACCACAGCCACAAGUACAGCCACACACCCCCACGCACCAACCACUCGGCGGACGCCAGCGCCUGGCACAAGAACAGGCACAGGCACAGCACAAUUAUUCACAAGGGAUCACAGACCCCUUAGACAGGGACGUGCACAAGCCACCCAUGACGCACUCGAGAGCAGACCUCGCCCCAGCGGACUGCCAGGAGCCUGUGCUCAGCAACACGUUUGAAGCAGUUGACAAGCUUGACACGCUUGACACGCUUGACACGCUAAAUAUUGCGCACGCGUAUACGGACGACGCCAAGCUCCAGGGCGCGAAGAUACUGAGGCCUGUGAUUGGGCAACGGAGCCGCAAAGAGAGCUUCUGCGACACAGAGGUCUCGGCGCUAACUCUGUCACGGGCGCUGUCUAUGGCCACAGAAGGCACCAACACCAUUGAGAUGACGGAGAGCGUGCAACGAUCCACGCUAACUGCCCCAUACACCACCGAGCCCUCCACAGCCACCGGAGUGCCGGCAGAGUUGCGCAACCGACCCUAUCCAGAUAUGUGCGGCACCGCGCAAAGAAGGGGUACCUACACAAACACACAUUGGCGGGAUGGGGGUAAUGAGGCUACUACUAUGCACACAAGCCAUGCAACGGCGGACAACGGCACACAAAGCGUGCUGGUGCAUAGGAGCGGUGGUGAUGCAGAUGCGGAUGCAGAUGAGGGCAGCGGGGUGCGGGAGGUAGCCGAGUGCAAGAGCAGUGUUUACUACUCGCCCGAGAAUACGGGUCUGCAUAUCGGCAUGUCACAGAGCCACACGUCCAUGCACACGCACACGAGCACGGUACAGGGCCCGCGGCGGGCGCACACGCCCACGCCCACCCACAAGAAGUCCGAGCACACCAGCGCUAGUGGCAGAGCCAGUGCGAAUGUCACGCAACUCCCCUCAGAGACACCCAUACAUACACACACAGACACACCCGCACCCACACACGCACACGCACACGCACAAACCCCUACGGACGCCCUACCCCCUGCGGGAGCACACACGGAUGCGCUGUUAUAUACGAAUGCGGAUGAAGGUGUGGCGCUGGCGGUGCCUGAUGUGGUGCUGGUGGGCUCCAGGUAUAGUGGCAUGGCGGACUUCGAUGUCAUCGACCAGAUCGGCUCAGGGCAGUUUGCGGAUGUGUACUUGGCUAUUGACAAGAUUACGAUGAACAAGGUAGGUGUAGCACGAGCCGCGCGAGGGUGGGGGCUGCUUGCAUGGUGUAUGGAUACAGUCGAUUCAUACCUGCUGGGGGGGGACACAGUGUGUGUUCAAUCAAGUGGGUGUAUGCCUGCGAGAUUCCCCUGGAAGCGUGCCGCCAGCAAAAAUGAGCGGUACGAUGCAUACGCCAAGGGCAAGAUCAAACAGACCUCACGCACAUGGCAGAGCUUCUCGUGGGAUGUACAGACACUUCUUGAAAAGAUGUUGUGCACAGAUCCAGAACGCCGAUGGCCUGCACGGGCCGUACUGAGUUAUAUUUCAGGCUUAGUUUAGAAAUCUGUCGGUGCUGUGAGACGUCUCCAGAGACGAUCGAGUGUGUGCAUAUGUGUGUCGGCGACUAAACUCAGGCUGAGGGCAGCAUCCAACAGACCUUCUACUCGUGCCAAGGUGCUUGCCAGAUGCGCAGACACCCCGCGAAGAGAUGGGGUGCUCAGAUUUGGGUACUGGCAGUGUUAGCCAGCGCAAGCAGUGACGUAUGCAUAACACUCGAGCUCCGCGCAAGUAGCCCUGCGAUUUCUGGAGAUGGAAAUGGAGAUGCGCGCUUAUGCACACUAGAUUGAGUGGGCGUUUGUGGAGGACAGGUUGUGUGCUGCGGAAGGAACUGUAGUCGAUACGUUGUCUGUGAUAAAGCUUCUCACAGGGAAUGUAGACAAUAUGAAGGUAUCCAGCACAUCAUUGGACGCCGAUGGUUAUCGUGGGGGUUUACAUGGUCACAUCUCGGCCUGAGUGGGGUGGUGAUGUCUUGGGAGCUCGGGAGGUGUGCAUGUAAAUUGGUGUACAUACGUUAAGUGUACUUAGGUGUACUGACCUUCAUGUCCGCGGCUUUACGCACUUUUGCACCACAUCGUGCCAAUAAGUUCACAUAUGGCUGAUGAGCGCCAUGAUGAUAUGGAUAACUGGGUAGUAGGUCGUACUAUGCGACUGGUGUUCGUGGCAGGUCAAGUAUCGCUUCAGCUGAACGGCGUGGGUGGAAAUAACAGCAGUUUUUGUUAGACAUGGAACGAGGAUUCUAUAGGGGCCAGAGAGGACUGCAACUUACUCGACGUCCCUAUCCUAUACACAUACUGGCUUAACGUAAUCCUGUAGUCUCGUACCAUCUCCUCGUGUGUUGGGGGUUCACCGAUCUACCACAUCCAAACGCAAAUACAUCCGCCCACCCACACAAGCGGUUAGAAGCCCAAUAUUUUUUAACAUGUGCAGGCUAUCGGUGGAACCAAGUGAGCUGAGCGCUCACUUCACAUCAUACACCGAGUUUACCUCUACGUCAGGUUUACACCUGGGGGAUUGUGCUAUUUUUAACAAUGGAGCGUAAACUUUAGUUCUCAAUUGUAGACACGCAGGUUCAGCCCUUAAAUGCACUAGCAGCAUAUCGGUCGCAGUGUUAGACCGUAGUUUCAGCACAAUCUGCAGCAGGUGCAUGUAAGGACAGGAGCGCAAAGUCACAACGCGCAAACCAGAAUACUAUCCAGGUUUGCUGAAUAGGCUAUUAUUAUUAUGUAUAUCAAUCUAAUAUUAUCUGAAAGUCGCAUACAAACCAAAACGGCUUGAGUACCUGCAUAUACACGGCAUGCCUGCUAGUGUGUACGCCUACACUCUCCAGAAAUGGGCUGGGUGGGGUGGUAUACUUGCAUGUGUAUGGAUGUGCGCACGAGUGCUAGACGUUGACUUGGAUGUGCAAUAAUGAAAAUAAAUUUAU